AUUGUUAAACUUCUGGAUGUUGCCUCAUUUCCUGAUUCAAUUUUUUUAAUAAUGGAAUAUAUAGAGGCAAAUAUGAAGGCUAUGAUAGACGAUUUACAUCGGCCAGUUAGCGAUAUUAUCGUUAGAUAUUAUGUGCGUCAAUUAUUUUGUGGUGUUUCAUAUCUUCAUAGUAUUAAUAUAAUGCAUCGGGAUAUAAAACCAGAAAACAUUAUGAUUUCUAAUACCGGAAUUCUAAAACUCAUUGAUUUCGGUCAGUCUUGCUUGUAUUGUCCGAAUAAUGAGCAUAUAGGUUACGAACAUCAGGUUGCAUCGAGAUGGUAUCGAGCACCUGAACUUCUGUUUGGUUCAUGUAAAUACACACCGAAAGUUGAUACAUGGGCUUGUGGAUGUGUUUUAGCUGAACUUUUGAAUGGCUCUCCGUUGUUUCCUGGUCGGAGCGAUCUUGAACAGAUCGGAUUGAUUAUGAAUGUGUUAGGAACUCCUUCGAUUGACUCGUGGAACGAUUUACACACUCUUCCCGAUAGUGGGAAAAUACAUUUUGAAAGCGUUCCUCCUGUGAAUUGUUGGUUUAAAGUUGUGCCUUUUGCAUCCACUGAAUGUUUGCUUCUGUUACGUCACUUGAUCGUGUAUUGUCCAGAAGAACGUAUGUCAGCAGACGAUGCUCUAGCCCAUGAUUUUUUUACUUCAAAAUCACCCGAAAAGCCACCAUAUAUACCAUCCAAUAUUAAGCAUUCAGCCACGAUUCAUGAUGUUGACGAUAUUUUGAAUUUUUUUAAAAAUACGCCUUGA